CACAUGCUGGUUUUUGUGGAAGCUUCUGUGUUAGAUGAAGACUACUUGCUCCUCAACUCAUCCUAUUCAUCAGUCAAAGAAAAGCUUUGUACCUUCAAGGAAGGAAAAGAUGACCUUACAGAUAAAAUAGAUUUCAUCGUCUGCUUAGGAGGUGAUGGAACAUUGCUUUACGCAUCGUCACUUUUCCAGCAAAGCGUUCCUCCUGUGAUGGCUUUCCACUUGGGAUCUCUGGGCUUUCUCACACCGUUCGAAUUCGACAACUUUGAAGAGCAAGUCACAAAUGUGCUAGAAGGCCAUGCAGCCCUAACUUUGCGAAGUCGUCUUCGGUGCAUCAUUGUGAGAAAUGAAAUAGGAGAGAAAAGCAAUAAACCACAUACAAGUUUCCUGGUUCUCAACGAAGUCGUCGUCGACAGGGGACCCUCACCUUACCUGUCUAACAUCGACUUGUACUUGGAUGGCAAACACGUCACUACAGUUCAAGGCGAUGGUCUCAUCGUGUCGACUCCGACGGGCAGCACGGCGUACGCAGUGGCAGCCGGGGCCUCGAUGAUUCAUCCCAGCGUGCCGGCCAUCAUGAUCACCCCCAUCUGUCCACAUUCGCUGUCUUUCCGUCCCAUAGUUGUUCCCGCUGGUGUGGAACUCAAGAUCAUGGUGUCGCCAGAAUCUCGAAACUUAGCUUGGGUUUCUUUCGAUGGUAGGAAGCGACAGGAACUUCGUCAUGGAGACAGCCUCCGCGUGACGACGUCCGUCUAUCCCAUUCCGUCCAUCUGCGCCCAGGACCAGAUCAGCGACUGGUUCGACAGUCUGGCCGAGUGCCUGCACUGGAAUGUGCGCAAGAAGCAGAGGCAACUGGACGAAUACUCGGACCUUGUCCACUCUUCUUCGUCGGACUCCAUAGAUUCCAGGAACCUCGAACAUCUGGACGCAUGAAGGGGAAACAAGCAUUGCGCUGCAGAAAUUAUAGAAGAUGCACCCCAAAACAGGUGUUUUCCAAAACUCAAGUCGUCCUGAAAAUGAACCUAGAAUGUAAUUUAAAAAAUUGUAAUACCUUGCUGAAUAAGUAGACAAAGUGAAAUAUUCAUAAUUUUCAAAUCAUGUACAGAGAACUAAACGGUACUAUUUUUUUAAAUUUUAUCAUCACAGUAGUAUUUUGUGAUAUUUAUAUUUUUUAACAAUCGACGUAAGCAUUUUAAACGAGCGUUUUUGGAAACUUAUUCUUAUGAAUAUUCAAUUACUUUUUUUUUUAAUUUUAUAUAUAAUGAAAUUUUUGCCAACACAACGGCUUAGCAAAUUUGUAGAAAAUAUCUUAGUGGGGAUUUUUAAGAAAAGCUAAUUUUAAUUGAUAAAUUUUUCAGUAAUACAGGAGGGAAAUUAUUUUAAACGAACUUUUAUAUAUAUAUAUAUAUAUAUAAAUUCUUAUGAAUCUUAUGAUUAGAUUGAUAGCAAAAUUGUUGAAAUUGUUUGCUAGUAUAAAGAUUUAAUAACUUCAUUAAGAUUGUGUUAGGUAAAAUUUUAAAAGAAAAUUUACUUUAGUUGAUAAAUUUUUCCAUAAUACAGAUAAAGCAAAAAUGUAAAACUCGUGGUGUAAAAAGCAGAGUAGAAAAUACAUUUGGAGUAAAAGACACAUUGUCACUUUGAUUUGUUUUACAUCGAAUCGGUUUUAUACGUCUAGUUUUGAAAUUGCCAGAAAAAAAAAUUGAAUUUUAAUGAAUUUUUUUUACUAGUUAGUCAGUACAUUUUAUGAUAAAUAAAGGGAUCAAUUUUUCUUGGCAAAUAUUUAUUUUAAAAUUAUUCUUUGACCAUUUUAAGACAAAUAAGUCUUUUGAUGCCUAAAAUGGUGUCCACGAUUAUGUAAAUUGCAUUCUGUUCAUGUUAUGUAUACUUAUGAAUUUUCCUGCUAUUCAUUAAAGCAAAUCAUGCAAUCACUAUCAGCUUUUUAAAUCUAUUUUCGAUGGAUAAGUUUAGAUUC